GCUUGCUCUUCUCCUUGCUCAUCUUACACCAAAGGCUCGUUGCGGUAGAUCGUUAUCAAGACGCUCAAAAGUUGAAACAUAGAUCUAGCGUUAUCAGAAGCUAGACGAGCAUCGCCAAACCUCGCCAAACUAUAACAAAAGGAUAGCACGAAUCCAGAAUGCGUUACUACGAGAACAAGUUCCCCGAGGUGGACCAGCUGGUCAUGGUCCAGGUCAAGCAGAUCGCCGAGAUGGGAGCCUACGUCAAGCUCCUCGAAUACGACAACAUUGAGGGAAUGAUCUUGCUGUCCGAGUUGUCCCGAAGACGUAUCCGAUCGGUACAAAAGCUCAUUCGAGUCGGAAGGAACGAGGUCGUCGUUGUCAUGAGGGUUGACCCUGACAAGGGUUAUAUCGACUUGUCAAAGCGACGAGUCUCUGCGGAAGAGGUCAUCAAGUGCGAGGAGCAGUACGAAAAGGGAAAGGCCGUCGACUCGAUCAUCCAGCAGGUCGCCAAGAAGUGCGACGUCGAUGCCGAGCGACUGUACGAGAGCGUCGUCUGGCCCCUGGGAAAGAAGUAUGGACACGCUCAUGAUGCUUUCAAGCUCGCCGUUACGGAAUCCGACACCGUCUUUGAAUCCCUCGACAUGACCCCCGAAGUCCGCUCGGAACUUCUCUCCACCAUCGCCCGACGACUCACCCCCAAGCCCGUCAAGGUCCGAUCGGAUCUCGAACUCACUUGUUACUCUUACGAGGGUAUCAACGGUAUCAAGGCCGCCCUCCGUGCUGGGGAAGCUCUGUCCACCGAACAGGUACCCAUCAAGAUCCGACUGGUCGCUCCGCCUCUCUAUGUGAUGAGCACAACUAGUACGGAUAAGAACGCGGCGAUCGAGUUGAUGGAGCAGGCUUUGAGCAAGAUCGGAGAGGAGAUUGAGAAGUACGAUGGUAACAUCAACGUUGCCAUGAGGCCCAAGGCCGUCUCCGCCGUCGAGGACGAUGCUCUCGCCCGACUCAUGGAGCAGGCAGAGAGGGAGAACGCUCAGAUCUCGGGAGACGAGGACGAGUCGGAGGAAGAGUAGAUGUCGGACGCCCGGUGAUAGUAGCACUUUUGUAUAUCGAAGGCAUAAUGUGCGGAUGGAUUGUCGCUUCAGUCAAGAGGUUCGGGUCAGUGACGUAGCGGAUCGCGAUUUUGGGUGUCGUGAUGUGGAAGUCGUCAAGUCGCACGGCAAGCCCAGGCUUUUUAUUCUGUCAAAGUAGCUACAAGGUGUGCAGGAGGGCGUUCGCUCAAAGCGGCAAUUCGAGACCAAUGAAUUCUGCGUCGCC